GUCGGUGUUGUGUGUAUAUAAACAAUAUCCGCAUAUCUAACAAAAACACAAUCUUUACUGCAUUGAUUUAAAGGAGGAGCAUACAGACAGCAAGAAAAAAAUAUUUCACUGGCUAUUCGCUACACUUGAAAACUCUAGAAGGAUAACAACAAUCACAGCAUGGAGUUCGGCAGCAAGUUUGUUUACCUGGGUAACAGUGCAGAUGACGAAGAGGAAGUAAAGCAGUUAGAAUCCAAAGGGGUCGUUUUGUCAGACAGCGAUUCUGAUAGCGCAGACGACGGGGAGACGUGCUUGCUGGACAUACUGGACACAGCAGGACAGGAGGAGUACUCCUCUGUACGGGACAGCUAUGUCAAGUCCGGGGACGGCUUCGUCAUCAUCUACAGCAUCACGGACAAGGCCAGCUUCAUCGAGGCUGAAACCAUUUUCCAUUGGCUGCAGAAAGUCAAGCAAGCCACGCCGUGUGCAAUUCUAGUGGCAAAUAAACAAGACCUCACAAGUGAAGCAGCUGUCACUAGCGAACAAGGAGCUGACCUUGCAAAAAAACUGGGUGUACCUUUCUUUGAAACAUCAGCUAAAACAGGCUCAAAUGUAGCAGAAGCUAUCAAAGGUCUUGUGCGAACAAUCCCCAGACUUAGCAGUGACUAUAAGCUUGUAAUGCUUGGCGGUGGAGCAGUGGGUAAAUCCUGUCUAACUAUCCGCUUUGUGAAUGACUCAUUUGUGGAGGACUAUGAUCCGACGAUAGAAGACUCCUACAGGAAGAUGAUACGGGUCAGUGGACUGCAGGCGGUCAGUAAAUCUGAGAAAUGGGCACGUGAUGAAUCAAUCACAAAAGCAGCACCUGUUUAUGCCAGAAAAAAGAAAAGUUUAUUUUCAAAACUAACAAAUCCCUUUAAGAGACAGUCUGCAGAACCUCAACGCAUGUCUGCUACAAGACAGUCGAGUGUUAUACCACCUCCUCCUAAUCCUGAACCUUCAAUUCCCCUAUUUGGUGAGAAUGAGGAAAAUGUGGUUAAUGUAAUAGAGAAGAAAACAGAUGGAAAUGUGGUGUUGAUUCCAUUAAGGAACCUGGCUAAUGAGCCAAAGCUGGUCACUGGGGACCCUAUCAAGUGUGGUCAGUGUUUAGCUGUCCUAACUAGCACAGCCAGGCUUGAGAGUGAAGGGGAACUUAAGACAUGGAAAUGUGAGUUUUGUGGGUUUGCCAACAAAAAUCUGGAUAUAUCUGAGGAUGAGAUACCUAAAGGAGAGGAAAUUGAUUUCAUGCUCUCACCUCCAACAAAACCUGCAGAAGAAACCAACAACUCAGCAGAUGAGACCAGCAAGCCGGAAAAGAAGAAGAUGUCUGAGGGUGUUACAGUUUACUGCAUGGAUAUCAGUGGCUCCAUGGAUGUCUUGUGUCAAGUUCCAGAGUCACACUCUUUAUGGGGACAAUCAAGAAUGGAUUCAAAUUCACAAGUUAAUAGAGUCAGCCGACUUGAUUGCAUCAAGAAAGCAAUACAAAGACUGGCGGAGCAGCUGAAAGUUGAGGAACCAGAGAAGCAGGUCUUGCUGGUGGUGUUCAGCACUGAUGUGCAAGUCAGAGCUGGAGGGCAGGGCAUGCACUCUUUUUGUAGACUAGAAAACCAAACAUUUGACCAGUUAGUUAGUUCUGGCUCAAGCUUUGCUGAGAGCUAUCCAUUAAAAACCAUUGAGGAAACACAAGAAGAAAUAGAUCAAAUUGUCAAGCAACUGCGAACAAGUGGCAGCACAGCGUUAGGUCCAGCCCUUGCCAUAUGUGCUGGCUUUGUUAGCAAAACUCCAGGAUCUGAGAUUGUUUUAUGUACUGAUGGAGAGCCAAACGUUGGCAUUGGUUCCCUGCCUUCCCCGGCUGGUGCUGAGUUUUACAGACAGGUUGGCAACUAUGCCAGGUCCAAAAACGUCACCAUCAACAUUUUAGCUCUGGAGGGUGACUCGGUACAGCUCAACACAGUGAGUCAGGCAGCAGAGUUGACAGGUGGCACCACCAGUAAACUCAACCCUGCAGAAAUCAUCCGUCAGCUGAGGCUGAUUGCCCAGAACGAGGCUGUGGCCACCGCUGUGACGGUCAGGUUUUUCUUGCACCCAGAGUUUGUUUUUGAUGAGCCGGACUACAGCCCAAACUUGAGCCAGCUGGAGAAAGAAGUGGGUAUUGCUCGUAAAGAAAGUAAUCUCACAUUCAGAUUUAAGCUUAAAGACACUACAGCAGCAAAGGAAAUCAAAUCUGUCCCAUUCCAGGUUCAGAUCAACUACACAAGGAAGGAUGGCAUGCGCUGCUUAAGAGUCCUGAGCAAAUCUUCAGAGACCACCACUGACAGACAAAGAAUGGAAGAGAAUAUCAACAUACCUGUGUUAAGUGUUUCAACUGUCAACUCUACAACUAGCAUGGCCAAAUCAGGGAAAGGCAAAGAAGCUCAACAUCAACUCAAAAAUGUGAAACGUUUGGUGAUGAGAGCGGCCAAAUCAGAUGACCAGAGAGAGGCAAGACUGGCUUACAUAAAUGAGACGAGAGAGUUGGACAAUGCGCUCACAAAUGAAGUUGAAAACUUUUCGAGAGCAGGCCAUAUGGAUGACAGGACAACAGCUCUGCUAGGGGCCACGAUACAGGCACAAAGAAAUUUUUUACCCACACAACUUAAAUUGAAAGCAAAUAUUAACAGUAAUAUGAAGCCUGAAGCUAAAGAUAGGUACUAUAGUUACCGAAAUGAUAUGCUGUAGACUGUGCUUCUGCAAAUGUUCACUGGAGGAAACUGCCAUGAGAAUUUAGAUAAUGUAGGAUGUGCGUGUGUGACAUGGGAGGGGGGUAGGUGUGUGGAAAUAAUAGGUGUAUUUAUAAAAAAAAAUAUACCUUUGUAUGACUAAAUGUAUGUUAAUUUUUAUGUUGGCAAAUACAUGAUGCUUUGUAAAGUUGUAAAUGUAAAAAAAAAGGGUACCAUAAAAAUGCAGGAUGGCUCUACCAUUUUAUGUGUCCUAGACUAUAGAAUAUUCAAUAAGUAGGCCUAUUACUAAAAGCCUAGUGACACUAUUGUAGAUCUAACAUAUCUUCCAUAAAUGAUAUUAUAGUCCUAGUGUUGAUGACACUUUUCCCUCACAAAUCUUUUUUAUCACUUAAUCGAAGAAAAUCUAGCCUUUAUGAACAUUUAUUAUUAUCUUUUAAUUAACUCCAUUCUUAAACAAAACACAUCUCAAAAAUGUGAAACCCCACACUCAAUUUCUGCGUCUGAUGUUGUGUAUGCAACACCUUAGGGGGAUUUUUGCAGUGUCAUUUAGUUGUUCAUGUUGAUUGCAUGAAUUAAUUGGUUGCAUAUUUUGUUAUAUUGUAUCAUAUUCAUUAUAUGGUUUAGUGUGCCACUGCUCACCAGAGUCUUUAGUUUGGAUCCCCGGCUGAGUCUGCUCAGCUCUUAUGGAUACCCGACAUAUGUUAGGGAAACUAAGUGGCUGGGUACAGUGCUGAUCACACCAUCCCCAUGUAGCAUUGAAACAGAUGAACUCUACUUCAUCUGCCCUAUGUGUCAUGAGCACAAAGGGAAAUUCUGAUGAUGAUUCCUUACACGAUGUUUUGAUCAGUAGUGUAAGGUUGUUUUUUUUUUAUUCCAUUCCAUUAGUAUAUUAUCACAUAAUGAAAGGCAUUUUUAAAACCUGAAUAUAACAUUAUUACUGGAAAA